GUAAAGAAUACCAGGAACGAUAACUCUAUGACGAGAUUGACAUGCGUCAAGUGUUUUGUGACGGUUUUCUUGUUUGCGUUUUGAAUAUCAUUAUUGGUGAAAACGUCAUAUCAUUGUUACACUUACUACACUAUACAUAUAUACUGAAAUAUAUAUACAAACAUACUAAAGGCAAAUAUAGCUUAUAUUCGAAGCAUUGUCGUUUUAAUUUGCCUUUUUUGUGUCUCAAAACUGAAGUUGUCUCAUUUAAAAAUCUCUCAGGCACUGCAGCAUUUAAUUUCGAUUUUAUCUAAGAAUCCAAUAUGGCAUCCUUGUCACCUUUUUAGAAACACAGAUGUCCGUGUCUGUUAUAAGGAACCUUUUUUGAUUUAACAGAAACCUCUACGGGUAGCACGCUAGGUCCACAUCCUAGUCAGAACACACUCAGAAUACCGGAAACCUAGAAUUCCGGACCACUCACAAUACACCGGAAACUCGGUAUUCCGGACUACACUCACUACACCGGAAACUCGGUAUCCUGGACUACCCUCACUACACCGGAAACUCGGUAUUCCGGACUACCCUCUCUACACCGGAAACUCGGUAUCCCGGACUCCUCUCAGUAAAUCGGAGACUCGGUAUAACGGACUACUCUCAGUAAAUCGGAAACUCGUUUUUUCUGGAUUGCUCUAAGUAAACUGGAAACAUGGUAUUCCGGACUACUCUCAGUACACCGGACACUCGGUAUUCCGGACUACUCUCAGUACACCGGACACUCGGUAUUCCGGACUACUCUCAGUACACCAGUAUCUCGGUAUUCCGGACUACACUCAGUACACAGGACACUCGGUAUUCCGGACUACACUCAGAACACCGGACACUCGGUAUUCCGGACUAUUCUCAGUACACCAGUAUCUCGGUAUUCCGGACAACUCUCAGUACACCGGAAACUCGGUAUUCCGGACUACUCUCAGUACACCGGACACUCGGUAUUCCGGACUACUCUCAGUACACCGGACACUCGGUAUUCCGGACUACUCUCAGUACACCGGACACUCGGUAUCUCGGACACUCUCAGUACACCGGACGCUCGGUAUUCCGGAUUACUCUCAGUACACCAGUAUCUCGGUAUUCCGGACUACUCUCAGUACACCGGACACUCGGUAUUCCGGACUACUCUCAGUACACCGGACACUCGGUAUUCCGGACUACUCUCAGUACACCGGACACUCGGUAUUCCGGACUACUCUCAGUACACCAGACACUCGGUAUUCCGGACUACACUCAGAACACCGGACACUCGGUAUUCCGGACUAUUCUCAGUACACCGGACACUCGGUAUUCCGGACUACUCUCAGUACACCGGACACUCGGUAUUCCGGACUACUCUCAGUACACCGGACACUCGGUAUUCCGGACUACUCUCAGUACACCAGUAUCUCGGUAUUCCGGACUACACUCAGUACACAGGACACUCGGUAUUCCGGACUACACUCAGAACACCGGACACUCGGUAUUCCGGACUAUUCUCAGUACACCAGUAUCUCGGUAUUCCGGACAACUCUCAGUACACCGGAAACUCGGUAUUCCGGACUACUCUCAGUACACCGGACACUCGGUAUUCCGGACUACUCUCAGUACACCGGACACUCGGUAUCUCGGACACUCUCAGUACACCGGACGCUCGGUAUUCCGGAUUACUCUCAGUACACCAGUAUCUCGGUAUUCCGGACUACUCUCAGUACACCGGACACUCGGUAUUCCGGACUACUCUCAGUACACCGGACACUCGGUAUUCCGGAUUACUCUCAGUACACCGGACACUCGGUAUUCCGGACUACUCUCAGUACACCGGACACUCGGUAUCUCGGACACUCUCAGUACACCGGAAGCUCGGUAUUCCGGAUUACUCUCAGUACACCAGUAUCUCGGUAUUCCGGACUACUCUCAGUACACCGGACACUCGGUAUUCCGGACUACUCUCAGUACAUCGGACACUCGGUAUUCCGGAUUACUCUCAGUACACCGGACACUCGGUAUUCCGGACUACUCUCAGUACACCGGACACUCGGUAUUCCGGACUACUCUCAGUACACCAGUAUCUCGGUAUUCCGGACUACUCUCAGUACACCGGAAACUCGGUAUUCCGGACUACUCUCAGUACACCGGAUACUCGGUAUUCCGGACUACUCUCAGUACACCGGACACUCGGUAUUCCGGACUUCUCUCAGUACACCGGACACUCGGUAUCUCGGACUACUCUCAGUACACCGGACGCUCGGUAUUCUGGACUACUCUCAGUACACCAGUAUCUCGGUAUUCCGGACUACUCUCAGUACACCGGACACUCGGUAUUCCGGACUACUCUCAGUACACCGGACACUCGGUAUUCCGGAUUACUCUCAGUACACCGGACACUCGGUAUUCCGGACUACUCUCAGUACACCGGACACUCGGUAUUCCGGACUACUCUCAGUACACAGGUUUUUUGUUCUUAUCCCACCAAACUGGAAAUUUAGUAAUAUAGACUACAUGCCACUUAUACACCAGUAUCUCUGGACUUGUACACCGAUCACGACUCGGUUUCUUUCAAAGAGUAUCGACAAAUCCGUAUAAUAUGAUUUAUAGUUUGUUAUUAAUCUUGUUGUAUUUGUUAGAGAGAGAGAGGAUCAUCGUAUUUCCAUACCAAUACUUUAUUAUUUCAAUUUUAUUACUCAAAUCAACGAUAUACUGAUUAUAUUUCCUGUGUAUUAUACUAGGAAACAAAACUUGUUUACAUGUAUAUAUCGAUAUAGGUAUAAGGGAGUGUAUAGUGAUAACAAUAUCAAUGUUAAAAAUGUAUGAAACGGGAUGCUGUAGGUUUUUAGUAAUAUUCCAAUAACAAUAUUUAUUUAUUAAUUGUUUUAGAGUUUAAUAUAAAUAAAAAUGCAUAAUGAAAA